AGAGAGGUUGCAGAGCCAUUAAUUGCUGGUAGAGCGUGGAAUUAGGUCUCUCAUUAUGGUCGAAAUCCAUUGCUGAUUCCUCAGUCAGAUCAGUAAUCGGUGGUUCUUGAACGUGGCUAGUUGUACAACCCUGGGGAGUAUUGCAGCAGUUUUGAUAUCUGAAGAAUUGAGGAAGAAACAAAGGGCAAAUUAACGGGAAUCUGCAGAGAGGAUGGAACGAUUAAAUUCAAGAAACAGGAGGAGGAAAUGGAAAUGUUGAAAAUGGUGAGUCCAUGAAGAAUGGUACUAUAAACAAUGGUAACAAAAGAGGGUUCUCAGAAACUGUUGAUUUGAAGCUCAACUUAGCAUCAAAGAAUUCUCAGGCUGAUGAAGAAGAGAAAAGCGUUGCUGCCUCAAGUUCUAGCAAUCCUUCAAAACCACCUGCCAAGACUCAAGUAGUUGGUUGGCCACCAGUUAGAUCAUUCAGAAAGAAUAUCCUAUCUGUACAGAAAAAUAGCAACACAGAAGCUGAGAAAUCUGGGACUGGUUCUGCAGCAGCAGCAUUUGUUAAAGUCAGUGUAGAUGGUGCCCCUUACCUGCGUAAGGUGGAUUUAAAGAAUUUCAAGAGCUACCAAGAGCUUUCUCAAGCCCUGAGCAAAAUGUUCAGUUCUUCUACAAUAGGAAGCUAUGGAUCUCAAGAAUUCAAGGACUUCAUGAACGAGAGGAAAUUGAUAGAUCUUCUAAAUGGUUCAGAAUACGUCCCUACGUAUGAGGACAGAGAUGGAGACUGGAUGCUCGUGGGUGAUGUUCCAUGGGAAAUGUUUGUUGACUCAUGCAAACGUUUGAGGAUAAUGAAAGGGUCGGAGGCCGUCGGGCUAGCUCCAAGGGCAGUUGAAAAAUGCAAGAACAGAAGCUGAAAUGGUUCUCUGGGAAGAAUUAUAUAUUUUUCUUAUCCCAGUUUUCUUACUUUUUUUUUUUUUUUGUUUUUUGGUCUGUCUGCUAUUGUCAAUAUUAUAUAAUAUAUGCUUAUAACAGACUGGCUCAAGAGGGUUUCUAUGUAGAAAAGUAUUGCACAGUCUUUUUUUUUUCUUUUUUAAAUUUUCCUAGGGAAAGAGAAAAUGAAUGAAGACAAUUUGAGAAUUGUUCAUAAAGUUUUUUUGUUUCAAGUCUUAUCUGUAAAACUUAAUUGGCUUGUCUGUUAGUAGGUGACAGCCUCGUUGUUGUACCUGUAAAGAAGCAAUUUGCUUAAGAUUCUCUACCGCAUUUUGAGUGGCAGUCAUGGGUUUUUAUUUA